GUCUUUCACAACUACGCUUUGAUGAGAUUUUAUAUUUGUUUUUUCUCCUUUAGGAAAAAUAUAUGAAUAUGGUUUAUUAUCGAUAUUUGUGGCUGGGAUUGUUUUCGGAAAUCUCCAAUUUAAGACUAACAGUUGUAAAUUUGUAAGUAACGAACUAAUAAUCUGUUGGAAUGUUCUAGAGACAACCGCCAUGGCCUUCUCUACUGCUACCAGAUCCAAUAUUCCUUCUUCCUCUUCUUUCCGCAACUCCAAGUUUUGCUAUUUGAGGCACAAUGGAAGCCGUAACAAGCUAGUUUUUGGGACAGCCUUGAGACGAAGAAGCCGUUCUUUGAAGAUAGUUAAGUCAGUCUUAGAUAACACGAGUCCAAGCGUUAGUGACAAUGGAGCUACUGAACCUGCAAGGAUUCUUCUCGAGAGAUUAUUUGUGCAGACGCAGAAACUCGAAGAACAUAUGAGCAGAGAUUCUCAUCUGCCUCAAGAUGUUCAACUGGGGCUUAACCUUGGAACACUGGAGGCUGAUCUAAUGGCUGCAUUGGAAGUGCUGAAAGAUAAAGAAGACGAGCUACAGAAUGCAGAAAAGACGGUUCAUUUGGAACACGGUGAAUUAAAUCGUGCAAAGAAGGAGUUGGAGCAACGAGAGAAAGAAGUUACCGCUGCUCGUCAUAAGUAUGAAAAGAUAGAGGAAGAACUGAACCAGGCCAAUCUGAAUUUAACUUCUCAAGCUAGGCAGAUAGAAGAUCUAAAACUUCAUCUCAAGGAGAGGGACCGGGAUAUUGGUGCUGCACAGUCUGCACUGUCUCUUAAAGAAGAGGAAAUGGAUAAAAUGAGAAACGAAUUGGCGAAGAAGAGUGAAGAAGCUGCAAGGAUUGAUUCCGAGCUUAAAUCUAAGGCUCAACUUCUGACUCAAGCCAACAAAAUAGUGAAUGAACAAGAAAUUGAACUUCAAGGUCUCCGAAAAGACAUCCGAGAAAAAGAAAAAGAACUAGAAGCUUAUUUGACCCUGAGGAAACUUGAAGAAGAGAAGCUAAAAGUUGCAAAGUCCAACUUGGAGAAGCAGACGAUGGAAUGGUUAGAAGCCCAGGAAGAACUGAAGAAACUGGCAGAGGAGGCAUCUAAACAUGUGGGAGAAACAUACGAAACAGUGGAGGACUUUAGAAGAGUGAAAAAACUUCUCAGUGAUGUGCGGUUUGAGUUGGUUUCCUCUCAAAAAGCGCUGACAUCCUCUAGACAGAAGACGGAAGAACAAGAUAAGCUGUUAGGAAAACAGCUGGCAGAACUCGAAGAACAGAAGAUCAGUGUGAUGUUGUACAUGGAAAAUUUGAAAGCUGCCCAAAUUGAAAUAGAGACUGAAAGAGUUAAGCUCAGAGUUGCAGAGGCUCGAAACAAGGAUCUUGAGUGGGAUUUAUCGAUGGAGAGGGAGCUAGUGAAAGAGUUGCAGGAGGAGUUGCAGAAAGAGAGGUCUUUACUGCAGCAGGCAAUGCAGGAAAUGUCGUCUUUCCAGAAGGAGCUAGACCAGAAGAGUACUGAAUUUGAGAAAGCACACAAUCUUCUUCAGGUCAAGGAGUCGGAACUUGUGGAGGCUAAGAUGGAGAUCCAACACUUGAAAUCUGAACAGGCUUCACUUGAGCUUGUAUUGGAUGAGAAGGACUCGGAACUCCUAAGUGCGAGGAAGAAGCUUGAAGAAGUGAGCGAGGAGGUUGCAGACCUAAAGAUGCUUUUAAACGGCAAAGAGAACCAGCUUAUCCAGGCAACCACCUUAUUACAGGAGAAAGACGAACACGUUGGCAUUAUUCAAAAUGAAUUGAAUGAUACAAAGCAGAAAUUUUUGGAUGCUGAAACUGUGGUCGGACGGAUUGUAGAGCUCACAAACAAGUUGGUUAUGUCUAUGAAGGACGAGGACUAUGGUGCAUUAAGUCUAUCUGAUGACCCCGCACAAGAAUUAUUCCAGCUACCAUGGGAAGAAGUGAGUGAUGAUUUUAGGUUGCAGAAGAGACAACUGGAAACUGAGCUCGAAUUAACUAAAGAGAGCUUAAGAAGGAAAGAAAUGGAUGUUCUAACUGCUCAGAGGUCUCUUGCAAUCAAAGAUGAAGAACUUAAACUGGUUAUUGGAAGAUUAGACGCAAAGGAGAGAGAAAUCGAGAUGAUGAAAGAAGAAAUGGAACGGGACGCUAACGAUCUCCGAAAGCUUUAUGCUUUGGCACAGCAGAGGGUAGGCGAGAAAAGUGUUGGGGACGUAGCAAUCGAGAAGCUCCAAAUCGAGGCAGCUCAACUAGAAGUUGAAGCUGCAACAAGCGCACUUGAUAAACUUGCGGAGAUGAGUCGUGAACUUUUGAAUAAAGCUACCAUGAGCAUUGAGGCUGGUACUGAUACUGGCAUCUUCCCAGUGGAUAGCUUUGAUGCGUGGACAAGUAUUGCGGAAAACAAUGAGUGUUUUACAAAGGUCAAAAGCCAAGUUCUCCGGCUUUCUGCUUUGACCGAGGAGCUUGUGAAGGAGGCUGGUAUUGCAGGAUAGUAAGUGUUAAUGGUGAAGCAACCAACUAGAUUCUGUAUAUAAUAUACAUGUAUCUGAUUUUAUUUUAUUUUCCUCUUUAAAACUAAACAUUUAGUCGCAAAUGAGUAUAGUUUUUUUUUUUAAUAAAUAAUUUUAG